AUGUCAUUUCACAAUGUGUUCUUUUGCAGUGCAGCCAGUGUGUUGCUGAGGGUAAAACUGAAUGUCAAAAAGCACCUCCGAGAGCGCAACACCGUUCCCAAACUUUUUGCCAAGUCUGUCAAGAAAUACGGUGACAAGACGGCUCUGAUUUUUGAAGGAACGGACGAGAAAUGGAGCUUCAAGGAGCUUGACGACUACUCCAACCGCGUGGCUAACCUUCUGCUUCAGAGGGGCUUCACGGAGGGCGACGUGAUCGCUCUGUUCAUGGAGAACCGCUCUCAGUACGUGGGGCUCUGGCUGGGAAUGGCAAAGAUCGGAGUGGAGGCAGCUCUCAUCAACUUCAACCUGAGACUGGAGGCUCUGGUGCACUGUGUCAACAUCUCCAGCGCCAAAGCCGUGGUGUUCGGCAGUGAGCUGACAGAUGCGAUGUGUGAGGUGCACAGCUCCAUGGGAAAGACCGUUAAGCUCCCCUGCUCUGGAGAAGGGGACCCCAAACGGGUUCCUGAAGGCACGGAGCAUCUCGAGCCGCUGCUGGAGGUGACCUCUAGCAAUCAGAGUUCCCAACAGAGUUCUCCUAUGCUAACCGGGCUUGCAGCCAGUGUGUUGCUGAGGGUAAAACUGAAUGUCAAAAAGCACCUCCGAGAGCGCAACACCGUUCCCAAACUUUUUGCCAAGUCUGUCAAGAAAUACGGUGACAAGACGGCUCUGAUUUUUGAAGGAACGGACGAGAAAUGGAGCUUCAAGGAGCUUGACGACUACUCCAACCGCGUGGCUAACCUUCUGCUUCAGAGGGGCUUCACGGAGGGCGACGUGAUCGCUCUGUUCAUGGAGAACCGCUCUCAGUACGUGGGGCUCUGGCUGGGAAUGGCAAAGAUCGGAGUGGAGGCAGCUCUCAUCAACUUCAACCUGAGACUGGAGGCUCUGGUGCACUGUGUCAACAUCUCCAGCGCCAAAGCCGUGGUGUUCGGCAGUGAGCUGACAGAUGCGAUGUGUGAGGUGCACAGCUCCAUGGGAAAGACUGUUAAGCUCCUCUGCUCUGGAGAAUGGGACCCCAAACGGGUUCCUGAAGGGACGGAGCAUCUCGAGCCGCUGCUGGAGGCGACCUCUACAAACCAGCCCAGACAACCAGAUCGCAGCUUCACAGAUCGCCUCUUUUACAUUUACACGUCGGGAACCACUGGAAUGCCCAAAGCUGCUAUUGUUGUACACAGUCGGUAUUACCGCAUGGCUGCCUUGGUGUACUAUGGUUUCAGAAUGAAGUCUGAGGAUGUGCUUUAUGACUGUUUACCACUUUACCACUCAGCCGGUAACAUAGUGGGAGUUGGACAGUGUCUGAUCCAUGGAAUGACUGUAGUGAUCAGGAAGAAGUUCAGCGCAUCAAAGUUCUGGGAUGACUGUAUCAAAUACAACUGCACAAUAGUGCAGUACAUUGGCGAGAUCUGCCGCUAUCUGCUGAAUCAGCCGAAGAAGGACACAGAGCACCAACACAAGGUCCGCAUGGCCCUCGGUAACGGCCUUCGUCAGUCCAUCUGGGAGGAAUUCACCACCCGCUUCAACGUCCCACAGAUCGCAGAGUUCUACGGCGCCACCGAGUGCAACUGUAGCCUGGGCAACUUCGAUAACAAGACGGGUGCCUGUGGAUUCAAUAGCCGGAUCCUGCCCUACUUUUACCCCAUCCGCUUAGUCAAGGUGGACGAGGAGACCAUGGAGCUCAUCAGAGGACCUGAUGGAGUCUGUAUCCCGUGUGGUCCAGGAGAACCUGGUCAGUUGGUUGGCCGAAUCAUUCAAAACGACCCUCUCAGACGAUUUGACGGCUACGUCAAUCAAUCAGCCACUAAUAAAAAGGUCGCUCACGAUGUCUUCAAAAAAGGAGAUAGUGCCUAUCUCUCAGGGGACGUGCUGGUGAUGGACGACUAUGGCUACAUGUAUUUCAAAGACCGCACAGGAGACACGUUCCGCUGGAAAGGAGAGAACGUCUCCACCACUGAGGUGGAGGGAACGCUGAGCCGCCUGCUGGACAUGAAAGAUGUGGUGGUGUAUGGAGUGGAGGUGCCAGGGACUUUCAAAUUCCAGAAGACAGACAUGCGACGGGAGGGAUUCGAUCCCAGCGUCGUCUCUGACAAACUCUACUUCCUGGACUGCACUAAGGGACAGUAUGUGGAGCUGAAUGCAGAGCUCCAUCGCAGUAUCGUCUCAGGAAAGCAGAAAUUAUGA